AUGCGGUCCUUUGCCCCUCUCGUCCUGAGCCUCCUUGGCGCUACUGCGGUUCACGCAGCUGAGCCCGAAGCUGCCGAGGCCGAUGCCAAUGUUAUCACAUUGACCACCGAUACCUUUGAUGACUUCGUCAAGGAGCACCCUUUGGUUCUUGCUGAGUUCUAUGCACCCUGGUGCGGUCACUGCAAGGCCCUCGCCCCCAAGUACGAAGAGGCGGCCACAGAGCUCAAGGCAAAGGAGAUCCCCGUCGUCAAGGUGGAUUGCACCGAGGAGGAGGAGUUGUGCAGAACGUACGAGGUGGAUGGGUACCCUACACUCAAGGUUUUCCGUGGCCCGGAUUCCCACAAGCCCUACGGUGGUGCCCGUAAGGCCGAUGCUAUCGUUUCAUAUAUGACCAAGCAGUCGAUGCCUGCCGUCUCGACCGUGAACGAGGAGAACUUGGAGGAAUUCAAGGCCCUGGAUAAGAUUGUGAUUAUCGGAUACGUCGCUUCCGAUGAUAAGGAUGCCAAUGACAGCUUCACUUCGUUCGCUGAGACUCAGCGUGACAACUUCCUCUUCGCUGCCUCUAGCGACGCCGCUCUCGCCAAGGCUGAGGGAGUCAAGCAGCCCUCCAUCGUUAUCUACAAGGACUUCGAUGAGAAGAAGACCGUUUACGACGGAAAGCUCGAGGGUGACGCUAUUCUCGACUGGAUCAAGAUCGCUAGCACUCCUCUUGUCGGCGAGCUCGGUCCCGAAACCUACUCGAAGUACAUGGCGGCCGGCAUCCCCCUCGCUUACAUCUUCGCCGAGACUGCUGAGGAGCGCGAGCAAUUGGCGGCUGAUUUCCGCCCCAUUGCUGAGAAGCACCGUGGCGCUAUUAACAUUGUUACCCUUGAUGCUAAGCUCUACGGCGCCCACGCUGGAAACCUCAACCUCAAGCCUGAGGAAUUCCCCGCUUUUGCUAUCCAGGACACUACCAAGAACGCCAAGUACCCCUACGACCAAACCAAGAAGGUUGACGCGAAGGAUGUUGGCAAGUUCAUCAAGAACGUCCUUGAUGGCAAAGUUGAUCCUAGCAUCAAGUCCGAGCCCAUUCCAGAGACUCAGGAAGGCCCCGUCACCGUUGUUGUUGGUCGCAACUACCAGGAGGUUGUCAUUGAAAACGAGAAGGAUGUCCUGGUCGAGUUCUAUGCCCCCUGGUGCGGACACUGCAAGGCUCUUGCUCCCAAGUACGACGAGCUCGCUGCACUCUACGCUGAUAUUCCUGAGCUGAACGAAAAGGUUACUAUCGCCAAGAUCGACGCCACUGCCAACGAUGUGCCUGAUUCUAUCACUGGGUUCCCCACCAUCAAGCUCUAUCCCGCUGGUGCUAAGGACUCCCCUGUUGAGUACUCUGGUUCCCGUACUGUCGAGGAUCUCGUCACCUUUAUCAAGGAGAACGGCAAGUACCAGGUGGAUGGUCUCGAUGGAGGCGCAAAGAAGCCCGUGGAGCGUGGGGAUGUUACCGCUGCUUCCCCCAAGGCCACUGAGUCUGCUGCUUCCGAUGAGAAGGUUGCUCACGAUGAACUCUGA